AUGAAUGCGAUCGUCCAAACCCUCUACGACUUUGCAGGACGCGUCCUGUUCGGCCUCUCGGAUACCGCGAACGACCUACGGCAGACACCAUGGAAAAAGCUGAUAAAGAUGAUGGAGGACACGAAAAAGGAGGUACACGCGUUGUCAACGCACGGGAAGACGUAUGCCGCAGCAGCAGCAGGCACAACACUAUUAGCCAUGCUAAGCGGCAUGGCUGCGCAAUACGGGAAGGCAGCAGGAAAUAGACAGUAUGCAAGGCAACCUACAAAUGUCCAUGAAAUCACCAUCUAUAUUAAGGAUAACAACAAGCGAACUAUAACCGCAGCAGAUACAAACAUAACUAUCACCCAGAAGCUUUAA